GCAGUAAAAGUAGGAGACAAGGUACCAUCCUUGACGCUGCUGCAACGUAGCAGAUCUCGCUAGCAACCAUGGUAGCAUUCCAUCAUCCAUCUUCUUCUUCACCCGCCCCAAUUCUCUGACUUUCUCUCACUCUCCCUCUUUUCCACGAUUCCAUUCCCAUUUUCCCCUCAAAACAAAACUACAAACCCUAGAAAUCUUCAACCAUUCCAUUUUGGAAACUCGAUCUGAGUGAAUGUUCAGAACACCGUCGCAAUGGCGGGAAAGUCUGACGCAGUAUCGAUCCACGUUCCUUACAAGAAUCUAAGGAAAGUUUCUUCCGCCGCUGAGGUCGAACUCAUCGGCUUAGACGAACCUCGUCACCGGAUCGACCUCAAUUCGCCGCGCUCCGAUCAAAUACCGCCGAAAAGUAACGCCUCCACAAUUCACCUCGUUCUCAGUUGCACUGUCGCUGCCGGUGUUCAGUUUGGUUGGGCUUUGCAGCUUUCUCUUCUCACACCUUACAUUCAGACGUUGGGAAUAGGACAUGCGUUUUCUUCAUUUAUUUGGCUUUGUGGCCCCAUUACAGGUCUUGUGGUUCAACCCUGUGUUGGUAUUUGGAGUGAUAAAUGUACUUCAAAAUUUGGGAGAAGACGUCCAUUCAUUCUUGCAGGAUCUCUUAUGAUUUCCUUGGCUGUGAUACUGAUCGGGUUUUCUGCAGACAUUGGAUAUAUAUUAGGGGAUACAAAAGAGCAUUGCAGUACAUUUAAAGGGACUCGAACAAGGGCUGCUGUUGUAUUUAUUCUUGGGUUCUGGAUGCUGGACCUUGCCAACAACACAGUGCAGGGGCCAGCUAGAGCACUUUUGGCAGAUCUGUCGGGUCCUGAUCAACGCAAUGUAUCAAAUGCUGUCUUUUGCUCAUGGAUGGCAGUGGGAAACAUUCUAGGAUAUUCUUCUGGUGCUAGUGGAAAGUGGAACAAAUGGUUCCCUUUCUUAACAACUAAAGCUUGCUGUGAGGCCUGUGGCAAUCUUAAGGCAGCAUUUCUUGUUGCUGUGGUGUUUUUGACAUUAUGCACACUUGUAACCCUAUAUUUUGCUGAUGAAGUUCCCCUUACUACUGCAAGUCAACAUCACCGGUUAUCAGAUUCUGCUCCUUUAUUGGAUGAACAACAAAAUGGCAUUGAAUUUUCUAAAUCAAAGCCUAUAUCUAUUAUAAAUGAGUCCAAUGGUGAGACAAGAGAGGAUCAUUCUGAGGAAGUUGUAAACCUGAAGCAUGAGAGUUUCAAUGCUGGGGAAGAUCAUAAUGAAAAUUUAAUGGAUGGGCCUGGAGCAGUAUUGGUUAACUUGUUAACAAGUUUAAGGCAUUUGCCACCUGCUAUGCAUUCAGUGCUGGUUGUAAUGGCUCUCACUUGGUUGUCAUGGUUUCCCUUCUUUCUGUUUGAUACGGAUUGGAUGGGGAGAGAGGUUUAUCACGGGGAUCCAAAAGGAACCACUACUGAAGUAGGACUUUAUGAUCAAGGUGUUAGAGAAGGUGCAUUUGGUUUGCUAUUGAAUUCUGUUGUGCUUGGAAUUAGCUCUUUUUUAAUUGAACCAAUGUGUAAGUGGAUGGGUGCAAGAUCAGUAUGGGCAGUGAGCAAUUUUGUCGUCUUUGUUUGCAUGGCUGGCACUGCUAUCAUUAGUCUAAUUUCUGUCCACGAUUAUACUGGAGGAAUAGAACAUGCAAUUGGAGCAAGUGAAGGAAUCAAGGUUGCUUCCUUGGUUGUGUUUAUUCUGCUUGGAUUUCCACUUGCGAUUACCUACAGUGUUCCAUUUGCUGUUACAGCAGAAUUAACUGCUGAUUCAGGUGGUGGCCAAGGAUUGGCUAUAGGAGUUCUAAAUCUUGCAAUUGUUGCUCCACAGAUGAUUAUAUCCCUUGGUUCUGGUCCAUGGGAUGCUCUCUUUGGUGGUGGCAAUAUUCCUGCCUUUGUUUUGGCCUCCAUCUGUGCUCUUGCCGGUGGCAUUGUUGCAUUUCUAAAACUGCCAAAUCUUUCUAGUAAUGCCUUCAAGUCAUCAGGAUUUCAUUUUGGCUAGCUGUUGGAAGAUCUAAUCUGGUAAUAUUUUUAACGUGUACAUGGUCCUCAGAAAUUGGAAUAACAUGAAUAGUUUGGAGAGCUGGCAUGAUAUUGUGUUAUAUUGCUUUCCAAUACAUACACAGAAAGGCGCAUUCCGCAUUCCAUAUUCAAAUUCAUUCAUUCUUCCUCCCACAUUGUGGGUGUUGUAUUGUAUGUAAUAUGUAAUAUAUUAUAAAGGCUGCACAAUAGAAGAAAGCUUAGGUGCAUAUAGUACACAUUUGUAAUCACCAUUAUUCAAUCAAUUAGUGAUUACAAAAUGAUGAGAUCAAUUUUGAGAGUUAAUCUUGUGACUUGGGUUCACACUUGUUAAGGUGAAUGGAGCACCUGUUAAGGUAAUUUUAAUAUAAUGGCGCGCCAAACGCCGUUAGUUGUCUGAAAGUAAAUCUUAAAGGGAUGUAUGAUGUAAGUAUAUGUAUUAGGUAUAUGUAUAUGAUGUAUGUAUUCUUUUGUAAGGAAGACUUAGAAAUGCAAAAGUAUGGUGCGGGUAAUGGUUUAUUAUUUUA